AUGAAGGUCACCUUCUUUUCCCUGCUCCUGGUCUCGUUGCCUCUCCUUUCCACCGCCUCGCUCGAGCCUGCCGGGCACACUCGACCGCGCCACCAUCGACGCGCCAGGAAUCUGCACGCCGACCCAUCCUACCCCUCCGACCCCACGCUCUAUUCGCGCGACCUAUUUGGUGACCGACCUCGUAUUCAGCCGCGCUCCCGACCAGGUGCCGCCAUCGCCAAAAACUACACCGCCCUCGCCGAUGAAGUGUUCGACUACGUCAUUGCUGGGGGUGGCACAGCCGGUCUUGCGCUCGCCGGUCGCCUUUCGGAAGACCCAGACGUGACUGUCGCCGUCAUUGAAGCCGGUCACUCUGGCUACUCUGACGACGAGGCGGUGCUCGUCCCCGGCAACGCCUACUUCAAAUCCUCAGUCGGCUCCGACCUCGACUGGCAGUACGUCACGGCCAACCAGUCCAAGCUGCAGGAUGCGGACGGCAAUUCGCGCACCACCAGCUGGCCUCGCGGAAAGGUCCUCGGCGGCUCCUCGGCUAUCAAUGGCAUGUACUACGUUGCUCCCACCAAGCGCGAGCACCAGGUAUGGGGUCGUCUCUCCGGCGACAUCGCCACAUGGGGCUGGCACAACCUCAGGGACGCUAUGAGGAAAUCGACGUCGUUCACACCAAACACCAUCAAGCAGCUCGACACUAGCAUCAGCAAUCAGACCGAUUUCGUCGGUGAAGACGGACCUAUCGCCCUCACCUACCCCGGUGUCAGCUACCAGCCUGUCGCCGACUGGGUGCCCACCCUGGCUGCCCUCGGCAUCGACCACGCCGACAGCCCGUACGACGGCGACAAUCAAGGUGCCUUCAUUGCCACUUCCACCAUCAACUCCAAGAACUGGGAGCGCUGCUUUUCACGCAACGCCUAUCUCGAUCCCAUCGCCAGUAAGCGCAAGAACCUCGUCGUGCUUCCCAAUCAGACCGUCACGCGCAUCAUCUGGGACACCGAGGCGGAUGAGAACGGCGACCGUCGCGCGCUCGGCGUCGAGUUCGCUGCUUCCCCCGAUGCGCCUCGAGUGCACGUCACUGCGCGUCGGGAAGUGAUCCUUUCCGCUGGCGCUAUCGGUUCGCCCCAGAUCCUCCAGCUCUCUGGUUUCGGCUGCAAGGAGCUGCUCGAGAAGCACAAUGUGACGCUUGUCAAGGAGCUUCCCGGCGUCGGGCAGAAUCUGCAGGAUCACCUCACGACGGCUGUCACCUACACCCCCGCGGACGGACUUGUGUUGCCGACAGAGACAAAUCUGACCAAGCAAGCCUCGUUCGUCGACUCGUCGGUCGCAUACGUGACGCUGGACAAGCUGUACGGUGCCAACGAGACGUCCAACUUCAUCGCCCGUGCGAAGAAAUUCUCGGUCGACUACAUCAAGAGCGCCACCAACGUGCCCGAGGCCGUGCGUCGGGGUUGGGCUAAGCAGUACAAGUUCCUACUGGAAGACUUGCUCACUGCCAAGAGCGAUAAGGGCUUCACUGGCGGUGCGAAGGGUGCGAUGGAGAUGCUGCUCGGCAUCAGCAACGGCAAACAGGUGAUGGUCGAGACGGCGUUGCAAGCUCCAUUCUCGAGGGGUUGGGUCGAGAUCUCAUCCAAAAACCCCUUCGAUAAACCUAUUAUCAACCCGAACUACCUGCAGCACCGCUCGGACGUGGAGCUGAUGCGAUCGGGUGUGCAGCUCGCACGGAAGAUCGGCACCACCGCCCCGCUCAGCAGUGUCAUGGGUGGCGAGUCGCUCCCUGGCAGUGCUGUGGUGAGCGACGAAGAUGUGGACAAGUAUGUGGCGCAGACGGCGCAGACCGAAUCCCACCCGAGCUCCACCUGCUCCAUGCUCGACGAGGACGACGGUGGUGUGGUCGACAACGAGCUUCGCGUCUACGGCACCAGCAACGUCCGCGUGGUGGAUGCUAGUGUGGUCCCAAUCUCGUUGAGUAGCCACCUCAUGUCGACCACGUACGCCAUCGCCGAGAUCGCCGCGGAUCUCAUCAAGGCUGACCCGUUCGAGCUCAUCGACGAGUGCGAUUGGGAUGGUGAAAACGAGGCUGCCGCUGCUAGCAUGGCAGAGGAGGACUGCGAUGAGGAGAAGUGA